GCCCGCUGGUGCCGUCGGGCCCGAUGGCGAGCACGUCGGCGGAGAUCGUCGCCUUCCUGCUGACCAUCUCCGGCUGGGUGCUGGUGUCGUCCACGCUGCCCACCGACUACUGGAAGGUGUCUUCCAUCGACGGCACGGUCAUCACCACCGCCACCUUCUGGGCCAACCUCUGGAAGACCUGCGUGACCGACUCCACCGGCGUCUCCAACUGCAAGGACUUCCCGUCCAUGCUGGCUCUCGACGGUUACAUCCAAGCCUGCAGAGGACUAAUGAUCUCCGCUGUCUGUCUGGGUUUCUUUGGCUCCGUUUUUGGACUGGUUGGGAUGAAGUGCACAAAAAUCGGCGGAUCUGAUCAAAAUAAAGCAAGAAUAGCUUGUUUAGCUGGACUGAUUUUCAUACUGUGUGGGCUGUGCUCCAUGACUGGUUGUUCCCUGUAUGCACACAGGAUUACGUCUGAGUUCUUUGAUCCUUCUUUUGUUGCACAAAAGUAUGAAUUAGGAGCAGCUUUAUUCAUUGGAUGGGCUGGAGCUUCACUCUGCAUCAUUGGUGGCAGUAUAUUCUGCUUCUCAAUAGCUGAGAACAGUAAAUCUCCAAGGAGAGCGUAUGCAUAUAAUGGAGCCGCAUCUGUGAUGUCGUCUCGUACAAAGAUUCACAACAGUGUCCCAGACAAAACCUCACCAAAGCACUUUGACAAGAACGCUUACGUUUAAGUGUACUUUUCUAAGAUCUGAAGCCAGUUUUAAAAAUGAGUUUGUAUGUUUCAUUCAGGGUGAUUUCCCCCCCCACCUCCCCACAACACAAUGGAAUUACCACUAAGAAUGAAUUUGUAAGGUGUUAUCUUGCAGCUUUUUCCACGUUGAUGUAAAUUUUAUUAUAUUUUAAGAUUGAUGUUUGUAUUAUAAAGUUUAUACCUGCAAAUCAUGCAUUGAUGCUGCUUUCUAAAAAAGAAAAAUAAAGAGGGUAUUUACAGA